AUGGCGGACGACCACGAAACGCCGACAUCUACGGAAGAUGAAGGCCCCGUCGAAUCCCUCAUCCAGGGGCGCGCCAAACGCGCCACCGCCGGUCGACACAUGUCCGCCCUUUUGGACGCCGAGGCCGACGACGACUUAGCGCUUCUGUUCGAGGAAGUCGACGACGACAAUGAGUUCGCCGUGGACGUCGAGGAAGAAGGCGGGGAGGAAGACGAUAUGGGGAUGGAGUCGUCGGAUGACGAUGACGAUCAGGGUCCCAACGCACGCGCCGACGACUACGAAGGCGAACAGCAGAUCCAGAAGGAAGAGAGGGCCGAACGGAAGAAGCGACGCGCCCAGCAGGACCUCCGGUACAAGAUUGCCAGCAAGAAAGUCAAGAUCGAUCCCACCGCUGUGUCUGCGCCGUCUGCGGUUCCCGCUGCCUCCCGGCCGAAGAAAAAAUCGGAGCGUAUCUCGUGGAUUCCGACCCCGGAAGAAGGGCCGACGCGGUCGUCGUCUCGUCGUCAGACCAUGCAGAACAAGGAGCUGACGCAUGCGCGACUCAAGGAUAGCGAGGAGAAGCGUAUCCGGCUGAUUGCUACCAUGGAGGAAGCCGCCAAACGGAAGGCACAGUUCAAACCCAAAGAGAUGACGCAGGCUGAACGUCUGGCCGAGGCAGAGCGGGUUGAAAGACUCAAUAGUAAGAGUCUCAAUCGGUGGGAGGAAAUGGAGAAGAGAAAGGCCGAAGAGAGGAAAGCCAAGAUCGAAGCGUUGCAGAAUCGUCGCUUGGAGGGUCCUGUCAUGUCUUAUUGGAGUGGCAUUGCUACUUGGACGAAUGGUCGUCUCACACGCAUUGGUAAAGUCGACGUCGUACCAAAGCCUGAGAAGGAAGAGAACGCGCGAAAGAAAAGCAAAAAGGCAGAUAAGGAAGAAAAGAAUGCGCCAGAGCAGAAGCCCGCCCCGGACGCUGCUAACGGCACUACUGCACAAUCUACAUCUACGCCCCCGAACCCUCAAACGCUUACGGAUCCUCUGAAGUCCACAGAAGAAGCUUCGACGCAGAGCAAAGACCAAGUCCAGCAGAAUUCAGAGGCACCUGAAGAAAGAUCAAAACGCGAAAAUACAACUGGCACUGCCGAAGCGACUACCGCAACUCCAGUUCCAGAUCAGCCAUCCACGCCUGCACUCGAUGCAGCAGGUAAGGAGGCUACGCCGAAACCCGACUCCGGAGAGAUCGUUGGAGAAGAAUCAGUGGCAGAAACUCCAUCGGCUGUGGACAAUGAACCACCGAAGGGCGAUAAGCCGGCUUCACCGGUUGCAGAGGACGUAUCAGAAGGGGCACCGAAUGAUUCAACUCCUGUCACACCAGCAGAUGCGCCGAAGAACGAGGCCACCGCACCAAGCUCUGAGCCACCCGCAGGAGAACCAACACCAAUGGAGAUUGAUAAAGAGCCAACCCCCGCCUCUGCAGCUGCUCCCUCCAUCGCAGAGGUUCCAGCAGAGGCGAAGGAAAAGACUGAUGAGGGAACGAAAGAUCCUGUCUCGGAACCAACGACAGCCGCUCCCCCUGCUCAGCAGGAAACAUCAGAGACAAAAGAAAACAUCGAUAAGGGGACUAAAGAGCCGUCGCCAAAAUCGCAACUACCUGCCCCGUCUGCUCAAGCAGAGACACCUACGCCUUCGACUCCUACUGUCGCAGAUGCAGCCGCUCCAACUACUCAAUCUGGUGACCAAUUGACACCCGCCCAGCAAGCAAUAGGGAAGUCCGAAAUGCAUACGGACCAGCCGGGUGUCCCAAAGGAGGAAGAGCCGCAACCGCAGGUUCCUCAGGCUCCUCCCGUCAUUGAACAAACUGGGCGGAAUCUUACUGUCCUGGAGAAUUUCGACGAGAAAACGGCACAAAGUCGCGAAUUCAGCAUCUAUUUCAAUGCUAAGAAGCCCCCUCGCCUUACGAAAAUCUCGUCAUCGCUGUGUGUCAUAACGUCUCUCCCAUCGCGUUACCGUGACCCUGAAACUUCGCUCCCUUUUGCAAAUGCCUACGCGUAUCACCAGAUUCGAGAGGCUGUCGCCCAAAAGUAUACCUGGAGCGGUAUGCUUGGUUGCUAUGUUGGCCCGGCCGGGGUUGCCGCAAAGGGCGUUCCAGCGAGGUUUCUCGAUCCCAAUGCGCCUCCGGAGCCUAAGGAGAGCGAAAAGAAAGACUCUUCUGGAACGGAAGCGUCUAAAACCGAAAAAGAGAAGAAGGAUAGUGAAAAGAAAGAUCCUGCACCUGCGGCGCCUACCCCCGCCCCCGCAUCCGCCCCUGCACCUACUCCGACUCCAGCAUCUGCUUCGACACCUGUCCCUGGUGGUGCUUCUAGUACACCUGCACCUGCAACUGCACCUCCGGCUACACCCACACCCGUGGCAGCGGAAGCGGGCGAUCCAAUGGACGUCGAUAAGCCGUAA